AUGGAGAACUAUCUUGAAGGUGUCGGUGGUGAUGCAGGUCUUCAUCCUUCAAAUAUUCACGAUUGUCAAUAUGCUAUUGGAAGUAUCAAUUUUACUGGUGAUUCACCUGUCAUUUUAACUCAAGAUGGACCAAGUUUAGGUGGUUUUGUUUGUCCAUUUACAAUUAUUCAAGCAGAUCUUUGGAAAAUUGGUCAAUUAAAACCAAAUGAUCAAAUUCAAUUUUAUUCAAUUUCAUUUGAUCAANAAAUUUGUACAAGCGACCACGAACGUUUUGCUUAG